AUGACCACCUCGUACUUCACCGAGCGGGUCAGCUCGCCAGUCAACGGCGAUGCCGGAUCUCUACUAUCCCCAACAACGCCAGGAGGUGCUGGGCCAAAGUCAAAUGCGCUGCAGAACAGAGUGACGAGCGUGCUGUCAGCUUCCUACGCUGACUUGGAAAUCCGCGAUGCUUUGUCAAUGCUAGACGAGCGAGGCCUGCAAAACACAGCAGAGACUCGGAGAAACCUUCGGCUCGAUGUCCAGCAGGAGCUGAUCGAAUGCAAUGGCGAGAUCGUGCAGGACUUUGGCAAAGUUGCGGAUCAGCUCAAGCGGAUAGGCACCGCCAUUGAGAACCUCAACAACAGCUGCAAGGAGAUCCGCAUGCAUGUCGAUGCUGCCAGCCGCGAGUCUGGACCGAUGCUGGAUGAUGCGACGAACAUACUGUCCGAGAAGCGGCAUGUCGAGACGAAGCAGCAGGUGCUGGACGCAUUCAAAGCACACUUUGUGGUCUCCGACUCCGACCUUGCGACCUUGACAUCCACCGCUGAGCCGGUCAAUGACGACUUCUUCCGCAUUUUAACUCGCGUCAAGAAGAUACACCAGGACAGCGAAGUCCUGCUCGGUGCUGAAAGCCAGCGGCUCGGGCUUGAGAUUCUCGAGCAGAGCUCACGGCAGCUCAACGCAGCCUUCCAAAAGCUGUAUCGGUGGAUACAACGGGAGUUCAAGUCGCUUGAUCUGGAGAACCCGCAGAUCAGCGCCAGUAUCAGACGAGCUUUACGGGUGCUGGCUGAGCGGCCAACUCUGUUCCAGAAUUGCCUCGACUUCUUCGCUGAAGCACGGGAGAACAUCCUGUCGAACAACUUCUACGCUGCUCUUACUGGCGCUCCGGUCGACCCAGACCAUCCUGUCAUGGGGAAGGCCAUCGAGCUGUCUGCCCAUGACCCGCUACGGUAUAUUAGCGAUAUGCUGGCGUGGGCACACUCAGCUACAGUCUCUGAACGAGAAGCACUGGAAGUGCUGUUCAUCUCCGAAGGCGACGAGAUAGCCAAGAGCAUUCAGGCCGGCAUCGAGAGCGAGCCCUGGUCUCGGACAGAUGAUGCCGACAAGAUGCAGACCUUCAAUGGACGACAGGCGCUCAACCAACUGGUCGACCGCGACCUUACAGGCGUUCUUCGACAGUUGAAACAGCGUACCGAACAAGUCAUCCAAAGCCACGAGGACGCCACCCUCUCCUACAAGAUCGCCAACCUCGUCCUCUUCUACUGCAACAUCUUCUCCUCCCUCACGGGCGAGAAGUCAAGCAUCCUCGAAACCCUUCGACCGCUCUCCGACACCGCCAUGCGCAGCUUCAAAUCCACAAUGCGCGACCACGUCGCCAACCUUCAAGCCGACGCCGCCAUCGGCUCAGACGACCUCGCACCGCCCGAGUUCCUCGUCGAAGCACUGGAAACCCUCCAAGUCCUGAUGAAGAGCUACGACACCUCUGCCAUCACCAACGACCGCGCCAAACGCGCCGAAGGCUUCCAGCCCAUCCUCCAAGACGCGCUGGACCCCUACCUCGCCGGCUGCGAAAACAUCACCCGUCGCCUCCGCACGCCGCAGAAACACAUCUUCGCCUUGAACUGCCUGCUCGCGACCAAAGACACGUUGCGGAAAUAUUCCUUCGCUGACCGCAGCGAGGAGCUCGAGUCCCGCAUCUCGGAGCAUGAAAAAGAGUUGACAGACGCCACGCACGCCUGGUUACUGCGCGAAUCCGGCAUGGCUUCUCUCGUUUCCAACAUCUCCACCCCCGACGACCUCGCCUCAUCGUACAAAGACCCGAAACAACUUUAUACCAUCGCGCAGCAGCUCGACGCUUUCCUCCCAACCGCUACGGACGACGCGCGGGAGUUCUUGACGCAGUUGGAGGACCGGGCGCUGGGGAGACGGGUGAUUGAGCAGGCUGCUGAAAGGUUUUGUGAGGACUUUGAGGAGGUGGAGGGGUUGGUACUUAAAGCGGACGAGAUGAAGGAGAGGGCUGUUGGGGAGGGGGAGGAGGGAGAGGUGUGGUUGAGGGAGGUGUGGGUGAGGACAAGUGGGGAGAUCAGGGUGUUGUUGAGUUAG